ACGAGUUGAAGGCCCUUCAUGUCGCGGAUAAAUAUGGCCAAAAUGUCUGUCUUCGAUUGCUACAAUUCAAAUUCCCCAAUCCGCUCGCCCGUCACCACAUCCAACAAUGGAUUCUCUCAUUCGCAAUAGUACAGCUGGCCAAUUGCUGCGCUGGAUCACAGGCAACAAAGUCCUGCUCUAUCCUGAGGAACGCCCUGACUUCCAAUGCCCAAGCUGCUAUGCAGGAGAUACUAGUUCCGCGACAAUCUUUGAAGCGGGCAGCGAGAGAAACUCGAAGUCCGAAUCCGACGCCGAAGAACGACAAUCCGAAGAUGCUUCCACAACCGAAACGGCCACCAACUUGAGUCGAGUGCCGUCAAUGACAGACCUUGAGAAGGUUCGCACCCAAGACGACCUUGCUCGGCUGUAUUCUGUCGCAACGCAGACCGAGGUACUGCAGGCGGCUCCCAGCCGACCAAUAGCACCCACCAAGACCGACGAUGGUACUAUCCUCGUUGACUGGUAUACUACCCAUGAUCCAGAGAACCCGCAGAAUUGGUCCUCGGGCAAGAAGUUGUUCGUUGUGACGCAAAUCUAUCUCUAUACAUUUGCCGUUUAUAUGGGCUCGUCGAUCUACACGCCUAGCGCUCCUGAGAUUCAAACACGUUUUGGCGUCUCGGCGACUGCCGCAUCUCUGGGGCUGGCUCUGUACGUCCUGGGGUACGGGAUUGGGCCGCUAAUCUUUUCGCCGAUCAGCGAGAUUCCCAGUGUGGGUCGCAACCCACCGUACAUCUUUACAUUUGCGCUUUUUGUCAUCUUCACCAUCGGUGCGGCGGUGGUCGACACAUUUGGAGGGCUUCUCGCUCUCCGCUUUCUGCAAGGCUUCUUUGGCAGUCCGUGUUUGGCAACGGGAGGUGCCAGUAUCGGCGACGUCUACAGCCUCUUGAAACUGCCGUACGGCCUCACCACCUGGGCGGCCUUUGCAACCCUGGGUCCCGCGCUCGGUCCUCUGAUUUCGGGCUUCAGCGUCCCCGUCAAGGGCUGGCGGUGGUCACUGUGGGAGACAGUCUGGCUAGCGGCUCCGAUUCUCGUCCUCAUGUUUUUCUGCUUGCCUGAAACGUUCCCGGAUGCCAUUCUUCUGCAGCGCGCGCGCCGCCUGCGCCGGUUGACGGACAACGACAAACUGCGCUCGCAGUCCGAGAUCAAACAGAAGCAGUUGACCGUGACCGCCGUGGCAAUGGAGGCCCUGUACCGGCCAUUCCAGAUCAUCUUUCUCGACCCGGCCAUCUUAUUCUUCAACGUCUACACCAGCCUGAUCUACGGAAUUUACUACUCCUUCUUCGAGGUCUUCCCGAUCGUGUACAUCGACAUCUACCACUUCAAUCUCGGCGAGAUGGGCCUCGUCUUUCUGAGCAUCGCCGUGGCUCUCGCCAUCGCUGUCCCGCUCUACUUUCUGUACUUGUACAAGAUCUUCGAGCCCGAGAUCCGGGCCCACGGCCCCGGGGCCCCCGAACGCCGACUCAUCCCCGCCCUCUUCGCCUCCUUCCUCCCGCCAAUCGGCUUGUUCAUCUUCGGAUGGACCUCGACCGCCUCGAUCCACUGGAUCGUGUCGGUGGUGGGUAUCCUGCUGUACACGAUCGGCAUCUUCACCCUGAUCCAGUGUAUCUUCAUCUACAUCCCGAUGACGUACCCGCAGUACGCGGCUAGUCUGUUCGCCGGGAACGACUUCAUGCGGAGUGCGCUCGCGUGCGGCGCCGUGCUGUUCGCGCGCCCACUGUACUUGAACCUUGGGGUUGGGCCUGGAGUGAGUCUGCUGGCGGGGUUGACGGUGGGUUGCAUUGGGGGCAUGUUUGCGUUGUACUACUAUGGGGCGGCGCUGAGGGCGCGGAGUCGGUUUACGGCGAAAUAGAGCGGGAGGUG